AUGGAUUCACAGAUGGGUUUACCGAUGGGAUUGACAGAUGGAUUGACCGAUGGAUUGACUGAUGGUCUAAUAGAUGGAUUCACCGAUGGAUUGACCGAUGGUCUGAUCGAUGGAUUGACAGAGGGAUUGACUGAUGGAUUGACUGAUGGUCUGAUUGAGGGAUUGACGGAAGGAUUGACAGAUGGUCUAAUCGAAGGAUUGACAGAUGGAUUGACUGAUGGUCUGAUAGAGGGGUUCACAGAUGGAUUGACCGAUGGUCUGAUCGAUGGAUUGACGGAGGGAUUCACCGAUGGUCUGAUUGAGGGAUUGACGGAGGGAUUCACCGAUGGUCUGACCGAGGGAUUCACCGAUGGAUUGACCGAUGGUCUGAUCGAAGGAUUGACAGAGGGAUUGACUGAUGGUCUGAUCGAUGGAUUGACUGAUGGUCUGAUGGAGGGAUUCACCGAAGGUCUGGUCGAUGGAUUGACAGAGGGAUUCACCGAAGGAUUGACAGAUGGAUUGACGGAUGGUCUGAUAGAUGGAUUCACCGAUGGAUUGACUGAUGGUCUGACCGAUGGAUUGACAGAUGGUCUGACCGAUGGAUUGACAGAGGGAUUGACGGAUGGUCUGGUCGAGGGAUUCACCGAGGGAUUAACCGAUGGAUUGACUGAUGGAUUGAUCGAUGGAUUAACUGAUGGAUUGACAGAAGGUCUGGUCGAUGGAUUGACUGAUGGAUUCACUGAUGGAUUCACUGAUGGAUUCACUGAUGGGUUCACUGAUGGAUUGACUGAUGGAUUGACUGAUGGGGAGUAA